CUUUUAUUAUCUCCUUACAACCGUGUCUGCACAAAUUGUGUAGUGUACAUGUGGAAGCAGUCAACGAACACCAAAAUAAGAGGCAAUAAAUCGGUGGAGCGUGGGAGUUUCUUUGAUGGCAUCUUGUAUGGAAUAGCUGAAGUGAAUGAGAGUAGCGUUUGUUUCACUUCAUCCACUCAAGUGUUUUUGGCAAAACUCAUUCCACUCUGAACUAUUGUACAGUGUGAUUUGCCGACAGCUAUUCAACUAUGGCUUCCUUCAGGACCUUACUUGGGGGGUUCACUUUAAUUUGUGAAGGGAAACUUGAUUUUGGUUCUUUUUGCAUUCAACGAACCAUCAUAGAUGUCAUAAACCUGGUGUUCCUCUUUGUUUUCUAUCUACUUUUGUUUGUAUGUUCGGUAAGAAAACUGCAACGUAGUGUUGUUAAUAAAAGGGAUAGGAUCUCCAUUGUUGUUUCCAUCUGUUGUGCUCUUAUUAGUAUAUUGUAUCUUAGUGUUGGUUUAUGGAAUCUAAUAGCAAGAAAUGGUGAAUUUAAUGGCUUGAGCUGGUUGAUUGAGCCUGUUAGAGGAUUAAUUUGGAUUUCGUUAUCAGUUUCAUUGCUUGUUCAUACAUCACAACCAGUGAAAAUUUUCAUCUCCGCCUGGUGGGUGUCGUUCGCAUUAUUGGUUUCGGUUCUUCAUAUUGAAAUUUUAUUUAGAGCACACCGGAUUGAAAUAUUCGACGUUCUUCCAUGGCCUGUGAACAUCUUGAUGCUGUUUUGUGCUUUUAGAAACUUCAUUGAUUUGACUAAGGAACAUGAGAGUCUUUCAGAACCUCUAUUAGAGGAAAAGGAAGAAACAUACCAGAUAGAAGUUUGUGAGGCCAAUUUCUUUAGCAAAUUGUCAUUUUCUUGGAUUAAUCCUUUGCUUUCCAGGGGUUAUUUGAGACCCUUAGCUCUUGAAGACAUCCCUUCUAUUAGUGCAGAAGAUGAAUCCAGUUUGGCAUACCAAAAGUUUGCUAAUGCAUGGGAGACACUAAUAAGAGAGAAAAGCUCAAUUGAUAGGCGAAACUUGGUUCUUCGGGCCUUAACAAAAGUGUACUUUAAGGAAAAUAUAAUUAUAGCAGUUUGUGCAAUUCUUAGGACGAUUUCUGUUGUAGCACUUCCAUUAUUGCUCUAUGCCUUUGUAAAUUAUUCGAACCAGGAAGAGGAAAACCUGCAAAAGGGUCUUGUUUUACUAGGAUUCCUUAUUGUUUCGAAGGUUGUCGAGUCAUUGUCGCAGAGGUAUUGGUAUUAUGCUUCGAGGAGGUGUGGAAUGAGGAUGCGAUCGGCAUUAAUGGUGGCAAUCUAUCAGAAGCAGCUGAAACUUUCGAGUUUAGGAAGGCGGAGACAUUCGACUGGGGAAAUUGUGAAUUACAUAGCAGUAGAUGCCUAUAGAAUGGGGGAGUUUCCAUGGUGGUUUCAUUCGACUUGGAGUCUUGUGUUGCAGCUUUUCAUGUCUAUGGGAGUGCUUUUCUCAGUUAUUGGUCUCGGUGCUAUACCCGGUAUAGUCCCUCUUGUCAUAUGUGGAUUCCUUAAUAUGCCAUUUGCGAAGAUCAUACAAAAAUGCCAAUCUGAAGUCAUGAUCUCACAAGAUGAGAGAUUGAGAGCCAUUUCUGAGAUCUUAAACAGCAUGAAGAUCAUCAAGUUGCAGUCCUGGGAGGAUAAAUUCAAGAGCUUGAUCGAGUCCUUACGUGGCAAGGAGUUCAAAUGGCUUUCUAAACAGCAGUUUUUGAGGCCUUACGGUACUGUCUUGUAUUGGAUCUCUCCAACUAUUGUUUCUUCAGUUGUCUUCUUGGGAUGUGCUCUAUUUGGGAGUGCCCCAUUGAAUGCUGGAACCAUUUUUACAGUUCUUGCAACUCUAAGAAGCAUGGCGGAACCUGUUAGAAUGUUACCCGAGGCACUUUCGAUUCUUAUACAAGUCAAAGUUUCUUUUGACAGAAUAUACACUUUUCUUCUUGAUGAUGAACUUAGGAAUGAUGAAGUAAGGAGAUUUCCCCUGCAGAAUUCUGAUAAAAGUGUGACAGUAGAAGCAGGAAAUUUCAGUUGGGUUCCUGAAAUUGCAAUUCCAACACUUAGAAAUGUGGAGUUGGAAAUAAAAAGAGGGCAGAAGAUAGCUGUUUGUGGACCGGUCGGGGCUGGAAAAUCCUCAAUCUUGUAUGCAAUGCUGGGAGAGAUACCGAAACUUUCAGGAAUGGUUAGCGUGUUUGGAUCCAUUGCCUAUGUUUCUCAAGUUUCAUGGAUCCAGAGUGGGACAAUUCGUGACAACAUACUCUAUGGAAAGCCGAUGGAUGCAGACAAAUAUGACAAGGCCAUUAACGCUUGUGCUCUGGAUAAAGAUAUCAAUAGUUUUGAUCAUGGUGAUCUCACGGAAAUAGGUCAAAGAGGGAUUAACAUGAGUGGAGGGCAGAAGCAAAGGAUUCAACUCGCUCGAGCGAUCUAUAAUGAUGCCGACAUCUAUCUUCUUGAUGACCCUUUCAGUGCUGUUGAUGCACAUACAGCUUCUGUUUUGUUCAAUGAUUGUGUUAUGACUGCUCUAGCGAAGAAAACUGUUGUCCUGGUAACUCAUCAAGUAGAGUUUCUCUCAGAAGUUGAUAGAAUUUUGGUUAUGGAUGGUGGACAAAUUACUCAAUCAGGAAGCUAUGAAGAGCUAUUGAUGGCUGGGACAGCAUUUGAGCAGCUUGUGAAUGCUCAUAGAGAUUCCAUAACAGCAUUAGGUUCUUUGAAUGGUCAAGGUGAAGGAGAAUCAAGAGGGAUAGCUCCCGUUAUGUUUAACGGAUGUUCUCCAACUAAACAGAACAGUGAAGGGGAGAUCUCGGUGAAGGGUCCGCCUGGAAUACAAUUAACACAAGAUGAAGAAGUGGAGAUCGGCGAUGUUGGAUGGAAGCCAUUCAUGGAUUAUGUUUCUAUCUCAAAAGGAUCCGUUUAUCUAUCUUUAAGCAUUUUAACUCAGCUUACCUUUGUUGUUCUUCAGGCCACUUCGACCUAUUGGCUGGCAUUUGCCAUUCAAAUUCCUAACAUGACCGACAGCAUGUUGAUAGGAGUUUACACCGGAGUUGCCACCCUUAGUGCAGUUUUUGUGUUUUUUAGAUCCCUUUAUGCUGCUCAUCUAGGAUUAAAAGCUUCUAAAGCCUUCCACUCUGGUCUCACCAAUGCCAUUUUCAAAGCUCCAAUGCCUUUUUUCGAUUCUACUCCUGUUGGCAGGAUUCUAACCCGAGCUUCAUCAGAUAUGAGUAUUCUUGAUUUCGACAUUCCAUUUGCCUUUGUCUUUGUGGCAGCCGGUGUAACUGAAGUCUUAGCAACAAUCGGAAUCAUGGCCUUUAUUACAUGGCAAGUUCUCAUUGUCGCGAUUCUUGCUAUGGUAGGAGUAAAGUACAUUCAGGGAUAUUAUAUGUCCUCUGCAAGGGAGCUCAUAAGAAUUAAUGGAACGACUAAAGCUCCCGUUAUGAAUUAUGCAGCCGAGACAUCGCUUGGAGUGGUCACCAUAAGAGCUUUUAACAUGGUGGAUAGGUUCUUUAGAAAUAACCUGAAGCUUGUUGACACAGAUGCCACACUUUUCUUUCUUUCUAAUGCAGCCAUGGAAUGGCUAGUUCUACGGAUUGAAACACUUCAAAACCUUACUCUAUUCACUGCUGCAUUUUUCCUGCUUCUGCUUCCCAAAAACCAAGUCACCCCCGGGCUUGUUGGGCUCUCUCUUUCUUACGCUUUAUCACUGACCGGUACGCAAAUUUUUGCAUCCCGUUGGUACUGCAGCUUAUGGAACUACAUGAUUUCGGUUGAAAGGAUAAAACAAUUCAUGCACAUACCUGAAGAACCUCCAGCAAUUAUAGAAGACAACAGGCCCCCAUCUUCAUGGCCCUCUAAGGGUAGGAUUGAAUUGCAAGAACUGAAGAUAAGAUAUAGCUCGAAUGCUCCUUUAGUUCUCAAAGGAAUCACUUGCACUUUCCAAGAAGGGACCAGAGUAGGAGUUGUUGGACGGACUGGAAGUGGAAAAACUACGCUCAUAAGCACCUUGUUUCGCCUAGUAGAACCUGCAAGUGGGAAAAUUCUUAUAGAUGGACUUGAUAUAUGCUCUAUGGGACUGAAAGAUUUGAGAAUGAAGCUUAGCAUCAUUCCUCAAGAGCCAACUCUAUUUAGAGGCAGCAUUCGAACUAACUUAGACCCCCUAGGCCUCUAUUCAGAUGAUGAAAUAUGGAAGGCUUUGGAGAAGUGUCAACUUAAAACAACAAUCAGUUCGCUGCCAAACAAGCUAGAUUCAUCUGUGAGUGAUGAAGGUGAGAAUUGGAGUGUGGGGCAGCGACAACUCUUUUGCCUUGGAAGAGUUCUCUUGAAACGGAACCGAAUCCUAGUGCUGGAUGAAGCCACUGCUUCCAUAGACUCUGCAACCGAUGCCAUUUUACAAAGAAUUAUAAGAGAAGAGUUCUCGAAUUGCACCGUCAUAACAGUGGCUCAUAGAGUUCCAACUGUUAUAGACAGUGACAUGGUCAUGGUCCUCUCCUAUGGUAAAUUGCUGGAGUAUGAUGAGCCUUCAAACCUUAUGGCAACAAACUCUUCCUUUUCUAAGCUAGUAGCUGAAUAUUGGUCAAGUUGCAGGAGAAAUUCAUAUCAAAAUUUUAGCAGUUAUCAAUGACUAGAACGAAUAUUGGCAUGAAAAUGAGAUCAAACAUUUAGUGUUAUUAUCUUGAAUAGAAAGUUUUUGAAGACUUCCAAAUUCCAAGAGUUGUUCUUAUUGAUCUAUGGGAAGGUAGAUAAUGAAUGAUAAUUUGUAGGGAUUCAAGCUCUUUGUACCCAUUAUUUCCAUAUGAAUAAAGGAAAACUAUAAUAAGUUUCUCAUA